GCAAAGCAGUAUUUACAGUGGAGUUUACAGAAGAGCCAAUAGAAGAAGAUAAUGAGGAAGAAUAUUGAUAAUAAAAAAGAAUGAAAAAAAAAAGCUGCUAACAUCGACUCGGAGACGGUGGUGGAUUCAGUUCUGGUUUAAAGAUCAAGCGGAUCAUGCGCCCAACAGCUGCACGAUCAAAUCGAUCAUCUGUACAUCAUCCACGAUCAUCCCCGAUCCCAAGCCCAUCGACAACGUCCGUUUAUCAUCAACCACAACAACAACAACAAAUUCUAUAUGCUCCCAUCAGUAAUCCAAUGGUGACUCUUCAACCAUGUGGGACAGUGCUUCAUCCUUCGUGCGUUUAUCCGAAUGUUCAAUCUCAUGUUGGUUCAUCGAAUUCCGCUGCUUUACAUCUUCAAGGAAAGAAUAAUCGAUGGCACUCCAAGAACAAACCAUCCCGCGGUCAACUAUGCUACCAACAGCAACAGCCGCUUUCUUGCAACCCGAAACCUGUGGUGCUCCUUGACCAACCGUCUUCUAGCAUCGCCCCGAUCCCGUCGUCGACCACGUCCUUCUUAGUAGCUUCAUCCACAUUUGCUCAUGCUGGACCAUUGUCCAGCGAACAUUACAACAACAAUUCCAGAGUGACGCAUCUGUUACCGCAAUCCUUCAACUUUAAGCCGUCAAACGUACAGACCUUCUGCCUUAUCCAGGACCGACAAAACGCCCAGCAGCAGCAUCCUAUGCAGGCUUCUUACUACAAUAUCUCGGCCACAAAUACUUGCAGUUUGCAAACCGUCAACCCCAAUUCAUCCUUCCCGCUUCCCAGCCUCAAUCCUUACACCAAUCUAACUACUUUCAAUAGCAAUCAAUUCCCAGCGACGGUGCAAUCCUCCCCGCUCUUCACGAAUCCGCCUGUUGGUUUAGUCCUCGCUUCAACGCAGAAAGACAAGCUUUUACCCACAUCUGAUUUCUCGUCGUUCAAGAAUAACGCGAGCAAGACACCACCAAGCAUCUGUGAAUCUCGAAUCGUUCCUGUCAGUCAUAGCGACAAUUUCAACGGCUGGCCACUUCAGAUCGAAACAUCUGCCAAGAAUUCAUGCGACGCGCAUAUCGCGGGCAACAACAAGAGUCUCGAAUCUAUUGAUCGUGCUUCACAGAAACCCAUUUCCGCGAAGACCGACGAGGAGCAUUACUCGGAUGAAUCUUCGAACAGCUUCGAUUUUACUAUUGAGGCCGAGAAGAUGGUCUCGGCUCUAUGCAAUACCACAUCCUCGAACGAUUUGGGUAAGGAGGAAUCGAAACCCGAUAACAAAACUGAUUCCGCGCCGUUGUUUAGCGGCGCCGGCGACAACGUGUCUAAUAAGGCGAAUUGGUUCACCGAUUUUUGCUCCGAGUACGAAAAUGGAACGUCGAUAGGCGUUCAAACAGAUGCCUAUCCGUGUACUGAUAGAUCACAGUAUCCAGAGUUGAUCCGGAAAACAGCUUACUGGGGAUGCACGGAAGCCGAGAUUGUGCUUGGCUCCAACGAUUCGCAUACGGACUCUAAACAAAGCUGGUUAACGUGUUUGUCAUCCGCUACUAGGACGGCGAUUACCAAGUCUUCGACUUGUAUCCCGGUCUUCGCGGGAGAUCGAGUUCUCGCUAAUGAUCUUAUAAAUGCUCUUCUGCGUAUCAGCAACGGAUGGUUGAGUCUCGACAAUUAUUUGAACAAACAACAUUUUCCCAAUUUGUUUGACAGAUUGGAGCCCGAGUUAAUCACAUGUUUUCAUGCGUGGGAAGAGAACACAUGCGAACUACUAAAGCAAAUAGUGCGGACCUUCCAGAAAUUCGGAGAGAAUAACGAAAUGACAGAUCGAAAAUGCAAUGCGAUUUGCGGAUCAUCCUCAUUUCCAGGCGAUGUGUCGCUUUAUACGAAUUAUAAUCUCUUUGCUCAACCGUCUUCAAGCUCCUUUGCUCAACAGAACACAAUUAGAAAAGCCCCUUCUCGAGAAAAUCCAUCCAAUGCGACAUCGGCACCAUUAUCAACGAGCAGCCUACAUAAUUUUCAAUACAAUUCCGGUCGACAAGAACAGCAAUCAGCUGCUCAGAAAGAAAGUAAAUUACGGAGCAAGUGGACGAUUACAGAGAAUUUAUCGUCCGUGAUUAAUACCACCAAGUCCGUACCUAAUGUCUCCGUGUAUCACAUGAAUGAUGUUAAUAGUCUGGCGAGUACAAAACUCCGUACGAAGAAUGCAUCCUCCGCGUCGCGGAAAUCCGAUUCCACUCAAAAAUCGCUGAACGUCGAGUUCUAUCAGCUGAGGAAUAAAGUGAUGGAGAGCAGCACGGAUGCGACAAAGGACAAAAGACACGACUUUAAAUCGGAAAAUAAACUUUUAGCAUCACAUAGUAAUACCGAUCAAUCCAUCCGACUGCAACAUCCAGCGACGAACACUCCUGUAACUUACAGUGGACUGUACGCGCAGAAUUGUUUAUCCUUCACAUUUCCUUUGUCCAGUAACUCGGGCUCUUCGUAUCCUGUGCCCAAUCCGGGGAUUUUAACUUACGGUGGUUAUCUCUCUUCGAGAUAUUCUUAUCCGAUUACCGAUAUUAAUUCAAGAAGUAGUAGAAAUUCCGAACAAAAUUACGGAACUAAAAGCGCGAAGGUCCAUCCGACUUAUGUCGGCAGAUCGCAAACCGAUCAAAUAGAAUUUCCGGCUGUGCCUAGGAAUAAAAUGACUCUGCUCAGCCAAAUCGAGCCGAGAACGUUCGACAAGGAGUCCAAGGAAAUGGCUGCCAAUCUGUCGGCCUGGUUUGCCAGCAUGCGAAACACGCAGCCUCCGGCUGCAUCCACUUUUGAGGAGUCGAAGAUGAAUGAGAAUUCAGGGUCGCGAUUAUUUACUCAGCAAGAGAUGCCGAAAUACUCGAUGAGCGUUCCCAAGCAGCUUGACGCGAAUCGACAGUUUCAAGCUUUGCAAAAUCUGCCGAAUAUUCAGAGUACACCAUGGGCUGCCAGUAACUUCAUCAAUCGCUAUCAGGCGCAUCAUGCGCCGGAGGAGUACGAUAGCUCCGAGGACGUGCGAGUGUAUAUGAAACCAGGAAGCUACAACGUCCCGAGAAAGAGGCACCAGAGAAGAUUCAAUCGUCGAUCGGACAACAACAACGCGACGUCUCGCAACGCGCACGCAACGAACAGUCAUCACAACGUAUGUGGCAAUAAAGGGAAGGGUAUAUCGAUACUUGCGUCUUCGACACCUCUAUCGCAUAUAAAUGCGUCGACCACCAACAUCAGUAACGCUACGUUAAUAAAGACGUCGUUCCCGCCCGCUUCGCAGCUACCUGCUCCUCUGUUUAAUCUCGAGAACUCACCUAGGAUUUUAAAGCGUAUGGAAUCUUCAUCGCAGGAUGCUUAUCAGGAUGUUACGUGGAAAGCCGCGUGCGCUUCGGCCGAGAUACUUCUCGAGGCUCUUAACAUAAAGGAUUGUGGCAAUAUGUGCAGAAAGACCGAGACGUCGCCGCAGAGCGAUCUGAAAUUACUAAAGCGCAAUAACGUCGAUUAUGCCUCGUCCUACGAAGCCUCGGAAGAUGAUUCGGGAUCUACAUGCAGACUGUCGCCCAGUACGAGCGUCCUAUCAGCAUCGCAGUUGCGCGAGGAAGAAAAUGCUUUCGGUAUCAGAACCAACGUGAAAACGGAUUCCUGGCUGAUCAGGACUCUCAAUAACGCGAGUAUCGUCGGCAAACAGAAGCGACACAAGGACGACGUAGAUCCACGAAGUUUAGAAUCUUCGAAUAGCUCGGAAAUUGCCGACGUGAAACUAGAUCAGUUCGCAACGUCGUCAACUGCGGAUGCAGAUACGAAAACACCUGCGAUAAUCGUCGACAGCGAAUAUCCAGCGAUCUUCUCCCGCGAGCAUAUCUCUGGUUUUUUCUCGAGAAAUGAUGAAACGUCGACGAAAGAAUCGGAAAGUUAUGUUGGACGAGCUACGUAUUCCGAGACAGUGCGAAGAUCCAUAAAACCGAACAACGUGCCUUUGGAGAGAAAAGAGACGUGUAAGCCGUGCACAAUCAACUCAUCGAUGGCUACCGUAAUACCGAUUCCUGGCCGCAAGUGUCAGAGAAAAGAUCCGGAACAAUCUUAUCAGCUUCUACAUAAAUCGCGAAGAUCAGCUGAUAAGAAGACAGUGAGAAGUGCAGGCGGCAACGAUCUCCAAUUGGAGGAAGGAUCGUGCACAAAAGUCAGCGGUGCCAAAUCGAACAACGUAAUGCCAAAAUUGUCAAUCACUGCGAAAACGCAUGGAAAGAAAGAUCUGGAACACUCGAAAGAUAAGUGUGCCAUUAAAUCGAGCGAUCGCGGCUGGUCGGUGUGGUACAGUUCCAGGAAAAAGCAGAGCCUCAGUCCUCUUGCGCUGAGUAAAUUGGAAACGAUUCAUCAAACUGUCUGGCAAAUGGACGAAGCGAAGAUCUUUAAGUAUCCACUCUCGUGCAAUAAUAAGGAUGGCCAGUCUCUGUCCGCAGAAAUAAUGGAGGAUUACUGCAAGGUUGUUAAGAGUCCGAUGUUUCUCGAGAUCGUCGAGUACAAGCUGAAGAAUCGGAUUUAUCACAAAGUUGAGCACGCCGUAAAAGAUUUCCGUCGCAUUAUUCAUAAUGCAAGAUUAUAUCAUCAGCAUGAUGAUGAGCGAACAAGAAAGAUUGAGGUGCUUUCGAAGAAAUUGGAAGAUCUACUCGAGGAACAUUUCGACAAUUGGGACUUUGAAAAUAUUACCGAAAGUCCGAAAGAAGAUUCAUCGGUGCAGCUGCGAUUGAAAACGACCGGACAGAAAUCGAACGCAGGACGCUGCGAUAGCGGAAAGAAGGGCACUUCUUCGUUGGCCAACGUGGAGAAUUCUUCAUUUCACUGACUGUUGCUUUCAUCUAAACAUACAAACUCCAAAUCGACCGAUUUAAAAACACUAUUGCAUCCUGCUAAUGAAACUAGCAUUAUCAUUAUAUUGAUCGGGGAAGUAUUGUAUUGUAAUAAUUUUUUCUAGUCACGAGUCACAUUUUGUACGAUUAAUUAAUAAUAUCUCGUUUGUUUCCAUUAUCGAAAAGCGAUAUCAAUAUUCGAUGACUUGUAAACGCUUCGUUGAACAUUUCUGUCUCGACUUUCGAAGAGACGGGAUUCUGGACGAUUUCAUUGACUUUGAAAUGUGCGCGUGUGUAUUCUGCCCAUUCAUAACUCUAUCCCAAUCUUACAUAGCGAUAUCUUUAUGAAAAAAACCUGUAUUAAAUAAUAUAAAACGUGUGAAUGUGUAUCGACAGAUAUUGAAUUUAUUCUUGUAAAAGAGAGAGAACGUACCAACAAUAAUGUAAUUUCCACGUUUAUUGUUACGGCUCUAUUACUAAUGAAUGAUUUCGAUCUUUUUAACUUCGAUACUUGUUGAGGUGUCGUUAGAUCAGAAUAAUAUGAAUCAUGAAAUAUAUUAUAUUGACCAAU